AUGGCCAGCGAGAGCGAUCGUAGACGGCUGGACGUCGACUGGAACGUCGGACACCUAUACCCUUACGUACCCAGGCCGCCUCUCGAAAGAAGGCCUCGCGAUUCGGACGCCGUCGCGACCGUCCAUCCCGACUACGACACCUACAGUCGUUUUAUCGCCCAUCUGCCCACUUAUCUCACGGGCGCGCCCGCUCACACCACUAUGUCCGAAUCGCUCUUCCUCGAGCACGACCCGGAUCGGGAAGUCUCGUUCAGCCGCGGGCCGUACGGGUAUUUCGUUACUUUUGGCCAACGAAACGCGUGGCCCAGUACCGACCCGGGUCCCUCUCCUUUCGAGACGGAAGCCCCCACGGCGACCGCGCCCUCGGAGGUGUUCCUAGGAGACGACCAGGGGUUGUGGCCGGGCGCUGCUUGGUACGACCCCUCUCGGCCGGAGAGUCUGAUGCGUAUAUGCCCCGCGCCAGAUCUUACGCCUGCCUGGCUGGACCCGGGAUGGGAGGGAUGGGACCGCGUGCAUGACCUCGACGCGCUCAACCUCGACCCGGCAGUACGUGCGGCAGUGGCAGAUGGCAUUCGACGGGACGUAGAGCUUGCUCGGUUCGGCGCCUGGACGGAGUACUACCUCGUUCGCGGAGGCGCGCAUGGCGAAGGCUCACGUCGCUUUUGGACUACCGUUCGGGAAGGUCGUCGCGACUGGAGCGGGAUCUCAAUUGCGCGCAUCAGCGAACGCGAAGUAAGGCGGCGGCAUCUGCACGACCGCAUGCUGGUGUUGCGGAACUUCCCAUACGCGCGCGCGCUCACCUUCCUCGCUUGGACUGAUCGUAACCGCACGGAGGAGUGGGCCAGGGAUCAGUUCGGGUCCGACGUUGAAUCUGACGAGGACGAGGACGACAUCUCGGACCUCCCGGUCAUGACUCCUGUUCAUCUGGACCUUCAUCACCCGGUCGCCCCUCGGCACCCCGUCGGACAGGCCUUGCAGCGACAUUACGAACGCCUGCACUGGCCUGCUCCAGCACCUCCUUCUCCUCCUGCUACCGAGGCUGGAGGACCCGUUGAUCACUCCUCGGUUGGCUCACCCAUCGUUCCCGAAGAGGACACGCCAACUUCGACAGACCUUCAUCCCGACCCUGUGGCUCCUGUACCGGUGCCCGGGCCAUCUGGAGGAUCUGGACGCGCCCUCGUUCGGCGCGCGUCGACCGAGUCGAUGGUCAGCCUGGGUGACGAGGACGAUCAGGAUGAUUUCAUGGCCACCGACGACGUACCGCUAUCGGCCGCGGAUGCCGCGGAUUCGAGGAAGCGACGUCGUUCCUCUUCCCCUCCUUCGCCUCGCCCGGCUCCUGAUCCUCCCUCGCGCGCGACCUCUACUCCCCCACCUUCGCCAUCCAAGGGUAAAGGCAAAGCCCGCGCUACGGAAAGCGAGGAGGAACGUGAGUGGGAGCGCGGCGCGCGAGCCCAGAAGAGGGCGAAUGUUUCGACGAAGCGUCGCCGCGAGCGCAGAAAGAAGCUGGAGGCUCUAUAUCUGUCGCGACAACCUCGAGCGCAAGCUGUGCCGGAUGACGCUCCCGGCCCUUCUACGCGCCGCCAAGUGCCGACCGUGCCCAACGACCUCGGGGAUGGAUCAGAGGACGAGGAGGAGCAGGAACACGACCGCGCCGAGUCCGCCGCCACACCGUCGAGCACGGAGCCUGAACUGCUAGCGAGGAUGCGCCUUACUAUCCGCGGGGCAGCAGCGAGGGAAGCUUCAACACCCGCCCUUGCCCUCCGCAUGGAUGGUGCUCCUGUGGCUCUGCUGCCCGGAGAACGUGCUUCGUCGUCGGAUUCGGCGAGGGUUCCUCCGCCCAUCUACAGCCCUAGUCGUCGUCCGAUGGCUCGCACACCCGGUUGGACUGCGGCUCCAUCUCGUUGGUCGUUGAGCCCACUACCCUUGGUGCCGACGGAUUGGCGGGCGGAGGUUGCGGCCUUGUCGCCGCGCGUCGUCGACUCGGUGCCGGGCGUGUCUUGGCCUGCAGUUGUUCUGCCGUCCGUGGAGACCUCGGUCGCUCUCGACGGCAUCAUCGUCCUCUCUGAGCACGGGGCGCUUCGCUACAGGCGAUGGUUGUUGACUCACGCCGAGGGGGCCACGGACGAGUUCGUGCGCUGGAUGGUACAGCGUGGUGUCCGCUGGGAUCACGGAGCCCGGGGUCAUUUGUCUGCGCCUUCUCCGUCUGCCAGCUUCGCGGGCGCGCCUGAUGCUCCCCCGGCCUGGUCUGAGUGGUUGAUUCAAGUCGAAGAUCUCCUCAACAUGCCCCGCGCCCGCCAAUUCAUUCGGGACGGCGGCAUUGCAUGGCGCAUCGCACUCCAGUUCGGCCCGCCUCAUCUCGCGGCAUCCGUGCUCGCAGGCCCAUCUACCGAAGCCCGUUCUCCUCUACCGGGGGAGCAGUGGCAUGGUGCCGAUGUCGUAGUAGAUCGCCCGACCACAGAGGAUUACGAGCUGCUCAUCGGACGUGCCGGUGGCCGAUCAUGGUGGCCGCACCCGGACGAGUGGGAUGCUAAUGUCGGACCAGGCGAGUGGACUCUGGGGCUCGAACGCUGGUUCCAAGCUCGCCUACGGGGCAGCGACAUCUCGGAGGGACAGGACACCGGGUCUCUGCGUCUGCCCGUGGCCGAUGGCGCUUGGCGGGCGCAUCUCAGUCACGCCUUGCACGCUCGCCAGCGCCAUCUGCUCUCCAGAGGUGAGGGCCGCGUGCUGCCGCACUUGCUGGCUCUGGCGGAUGUGACGGACGCGAUGCGUCGCUUGGACUUAGGAUAG